AUGCGGCCCCCUCCGAAGACACGGCCCGUCACCGCCGAGGCGCUGGUCGUGGAAACCCUCGGGGAACCCAGGAGGGUACCCCCGACUCCUCCAGCGGCGACGACGACCAGCGUCAUCUCCACCACCGAGGUCAGCCGGCUGUUGGACCGAGCGGCAGCACCACUGGCCCUGCCAGCACCGGUCCACCUUCCUCCGGCACGACGACCAGAGCCACCAAUCCGGGCACAACCCCCGCCGCCCACCGGACGACACCCAACGUCCACGCCGCGGUCGCCCGCCGCCGAUACGUGUGGCCCAAGGACCACGGGGCCGGCGAGUAUACGGUCAACUUGCGACACCUCACUCGCCGGUACCCCGUGA